UUUUUUUUUUUUUUUUUCUGUAUUUCAUUUUGCUGUCUGUUCUUUUUUCUGUCUUUUUUCUGUAUUUUAUUUUGCUGUCUGUUCUUUUUUCUAAACUUUGUUCUGUACUUUAUUUUGCUGUCUGUCUCUGACUUAUUCUAUUUUUCUUUGGCACCAUUUUACCAGCGCUAAAAAAUGCCUAAUGAUAAAGGAUUAUCUUGCCCGCAAUGUCAGGAAGUAUCUAAAGACAAAGAAGGAGCAAAGCUGCAUAUACGUGAAUACCACUCAAGGAAGUGCAAAGUGUGGCUGGUAAAUGAACAAGGGAUCAAAGAGUCAAUUGUCUUAAUGCGUGUACAAGGUUGUUUCGUCUGUCCAGUUUGCAGUAAGCCCAUCCAAACAAGAGAUGGCAUAACGAAGCAUACAAAUAGACAUGGAAAAAAGAAUGAUUCGGGAUUUGUUUGUCCCAUAUGCGGAGAAACACUGAAAUCGGCACUGGAACUGGACCACCAUUUCGGUGCCCAUACACAGCCUCGCGAGCUGGCAGAAAGCGAUGCCUCAGAUGACAUUGAGGUGCUAAAGCAAGGAAAGGCGGAGCUUGACCUUGCAACGAAGAAUCCAAUUUUUUCCGACUGUUUUCUCGAGACCCUGGUCCCUUUUUCACUGGAACAUGAAAGUGGAGCUCGAUCUAUAGCUCUAUUAACUCAAAUUGGAGCAAAGCGGACAGCCGAAGAUCAGAUCAUUGCCAUCAAUCCUAUCAAGAAGCCAAAGAAGCCUUCUUCCAUGGAGCCAAAAGACUUCAAGUUCCUUUUAUCAUCGCAUCGGUAUGGUCGUCUAAUUGAUAUUGAGCGUUACAAGCCAUUAGAUGCAACAUUCUUUCUUUUAAACUAUGAGGCUUUGAAAUUCGAUAUUGCCAAAAAUCUCGCAGGAGCAGUAAUUCAAACAGGAUUGCAAGCGAUCCUCAUCUUGAAGGCUGAAGUUUAUGGUCGUGAACCAAAGGAAGACCCUCAUUGCUUCGAUCUAUUAAAGCCAACUCUGGAUUUGAAGAGAGUGUCUUCAAUUAACCACGACAACACCAAUAAGCUCGUGAUUGGAACUCACACAUGGAGCGCCCUUAUUACGGCUUCAAUUGAAUUGGUUUCAGGAGCCAUUGACGUUGGAGCUAAUAACUCAACUGCCCACAUUGGAGCAUAUACCACAAUUUGGGGCCGGGAUGACUGGCAACAAAACCUUUUACUUGAAAGGCAGCUGAGGUCAAAAUUCCAUUGUAAAGCAACGUACUUUCAGAGUGCGUCAAUGUUCUAUUUAUUUGCAAACUGGGCAUGCUACCCUACAACAAUCUUUCGACUGGAGAACUAUUACCAAGGCAGCAGGGUCAUAUCGGGGGUAAAGGCAGCUGCAUCGAUAUUUCAUCAGAUUGCGAAUACAAGAUCAAUCAAGCGAAAGCGACUACUAAAGCUACUUCGAAAGCUUGAUAGUCCCGACCAAAGUCAAAAAGCACCUGUUACGAAAAACGCCAUAAUGGAACUCCUGGAAUUAAUCCCCUCGAACAAAAAAAAACUGAAGUUGACUGACAAUGCUGAGGCUUCUACAAUUUUAGUAAUGUUAGCAAGCGGAUUAUGUGGAGUUAUCCGCGACAUUAACAAAAAACAGGUACGGCCUGCAAUUCAAGCCACGGUGGAAGCCAUUUUGCAGGAUAAGGAGAAUGCGAGGCAACGUCAAGAACAAGGGCUUUAAAAGCAAUAAAAGCGAGGAAACACACACAAAUGCAGGCAGAGCGACAGAAGCAAUAAACAAUCCGAUUCGAAGUCUGUCUUUAUGUAUUCUUAUACAGCCCUUAAGUAGGCUUCAAAAAGAAAAAAAAUAAAAUAAAAAUAAAUAAAAGAAAGAGAAGGAAAGAGAGAUGUUGUUCUUUCGAACAAAUCUGUGCAACAAAAAGUGCUUAACCUCAGCCGAUCGUAGCAACAAGGCUAC